AUGUCGGGUAAAAGGGGCGGCCAGCCGGAUGCAUUAGCAUAUGCUUUGGAUCAAAAAGGUUGCACACCGUCACAGUAUAUUGAAGCACAGGUUAAGAACCUCUUGCGUCAGGUAGAUUCUCCUUUCACUAAUGACUCAAACUUUGCGUACAUUUGCUGGAAUACCAUUCAGAAAAAGGCGAUAACUCGUAAACGGAAGAAGGUUUCCCCGCGUCAGUCAGAGGUUCAUGGCGAAGAGAUGGAUGUAGACAUCCCCGAUACUUUGUCGUCCUCUAUUAUAGCACCUCCUCUAUUCUCUGCACAAUUAUCGCCCAUCGUCCCAGAAAUUGGCAAUUCGCACACAGUUGAAGACGAAAACGGGGACGCAGACAUCGUUGCUGCGAGCGAGGGUAAGAAAAGGGACACAAAGUUGUCUUCUCGGGCGAAGGGGAAGAAAAAAGGUUGGAAGCAGGCUGACAGAGUCGAACCCGACGAUCUUGCGCACAAAUCCCCCACCGAUUUCGUUGAGGAAGAGGAGCCGAAACUUACAUCGAAGAAGGCACUAUCGAAACCCACCUCCGCUGCAACAUCGAAAUCGAAAUCUAAGGCAAAAGGAAAGCGGUUCUCUCGGAAAGUGGACACGAGGACGACGACAGCGACCCUCCUCAUUCGAGGUCCCCUAACCAAAGCAACCAUUUUCCCGAGGACAAAGACUCGAGACGACGGCCCCAAGAAUUCUGAAUCCAUUGUAAUCCCUGAGAUAACCAAGAAGAUUCCCCCGAAAAGCGUAGCUGCCCCACCGAAGCAGACUCCGUCUGUCACUAUCCAGUCAUGCGCCUUCAGCAUCAAACCCAAGUCGACCCCAGUUAGAGAUAUCCAGGACAUUGGUUGCAACACGGUGAAUGUCAAGAUCUACAGCAAGUGA